ACUCUCUCUCUCUCUCUCUCUCUCUCACAUAUUUUUAAGUUUAUUUCUUGAAACUAGGAAGAAGAGAGAUGCCCCUCAUUAUUAUAAAAUCCGACCCCAGACCAGAUUCUGCUCAAUCUAGUCACUGUUGUCUUUCUUCUUUUUAUUCACUUUUGGGUUUUUAAGUCUCACCUUUUGGAGGGUCUUUAUGUUGAACUAAUAACAAGUGUUGUAUAAGUGAUUCUUGCUUCAAGCACUGAAAAAGCUUCAGUAGAUGAGUGCCUCAAAGUUCAUUAAAUGUGUGACUGUUGGAGAUGGUGCUGUUGGGAAGACCUGCAUGCUCAUCUGCUAUACCAGCAACAAGUUUCCCACUGAUUAUGUACCUACAGUAUUUGAUAAUUUUAGUGCCAAUGUAGCUGUGGAUGGGAGCAUUGUGAAUUUAGGACUCUGGGACACAGCAGGCCAGGAAGAUUACAGCAGAUUGAGGCCGCUUAGUUACAGAGGUGCAGAUAUAUUUGUCUUAGCAUUCUCCUUGAUCAGCCGAGCUAGCUAUGAAAAUGUUCUUAAGAAGUGGAUGCCAGAACUGCGUAGAUUUGCACCAAAUGUUCCUGUCAUUCUUGUUGGCGCAAAGCUAGAUCUCCGAGAAGAUCGAGUAUAUUUAACUGAUCAUCUGGGGUCUAAUGUGAUAACAUCAGCUGAGGGAGAAGAAUUAAGGAAACAAAUAGGUGCUGCAGCAUAUAUUGAAUGCAGUUCUAAGACUCAACAGAAUGUCAAAGCAGUGUUUGAUACUGCAAUUAAGGUUGUUAUGCAACCUCCUAGGAGGAAGGAAAUGGCAAGGAAGAAAAGGCACAGAAGGUCUGGUUGCUCAUUUUUAAGCAUUGUGUGUGGAGGCUGUGCUGCUUGAUAUGGAUGAUGUUCAAAUGCUUCAAGGUUCAAAGUGUGGAGUUCUGACAUCUGAUUUCAGUUGUUUUUUCUAUGCUCGUAUUGUAAUUGAUGUAAGUCAGUUUAUCACUUGAGAGAUCCAUUAGAGAAUAGAUUGGAGGGAACUUUUCAUUCUCUCUCAGGGGUUGUUAUUUCAUGUUAUCAAGUAUUAUAUAUUUUAAAUUGUAA